AUGUCUAACAAGCACGGUGGUUUCAACUACAGAAACCACGGCGUCAACAGCCGGGGCAAUCACUACUGUGUUCGAGACUACGGCAAUGGGUCCAACUCAUAUCACUACUCUAACCGUGAUCGAUCUUACUAUUACCAGAAUCCCGACGGUAGUAAAUACUACAAUAAUGGGCUCGGCGGAUCCACCUACACGGCGCCAAACGGCAAGAAGUACUCGUCUGGCUACGGGAAUGGCGUCCCCCAGGAGGAUGAAGGCCAUGAUGGCUUGGAACGACCUCAAUAUCUGAACGAUGAAUCCCACCAGAACUCGUUCAGUCACGGAGGUAGUAGCUCAGGAGGUUGCGCAGAAAACAAUCGCGAGACUGAAGGCCAAUUUCAGGCAGAUUAUCACAAUGAGUACUCUCCGAGCUGCGAAUCCACCAACCUGUCUAGCGAUCCUCAUUACUACAGCGAGAGCCAGAAUCCGUGCCAGGACCAUGCUUAUGAACACGACGCACGGCACUCUGUGAGGGAUGAUCGCAAUGAUAUUUCGCAGGAAUCGCAGUUCGACGGCGGUGAUCACAACCAAGCUUUGAGCGAUGCUGAUGGCGACCAAUCAUCUUGCUAUGACUAUGACGAUUUGCAGCCUGAUGAGAGACAUGAUAGUGGGGAUGGCUAUGAUGAUGGUGACUAUAACGGCGGUGGCUACGACGAUGGAGGCUACGAUGAUGGCGGUUUUGAUGGAGGAUAUGAUGACGACGAUUAUGGUUACUAUGAUUAUGACGACUAG